AUGGAUCCUUACGACGGAGAGCAGAUGUACAUGCAGCAGGAGGACGACUGGGACAGGGACCUGCUGCUGGACCCCGCCUGGGAGAAGCAACAGCGAAAGACUUUCACAGCGUGGUGCAACUCUCACUUGAGGAAAGCUGGCACGCAAAUCGAGAACAUUGAGGAGGACUUCCGGGACGGUCUGAAACUAAUGCUUCUACUGGAGGUUAUCUCAGGUGAACGUUUGGCCAAACCCGAGCGAGGCAAAAUGAGAGUGCAUAAGAUCUCCAACGUGAACAAAGCGCUGGACUUCAUUGCCAGCAAAGGAGUCAAGUUGGUGUCCAUCGGCGCUGAGGAAAUUGUGGAUGGCAACGCCAAGAUGACACUGGGGAUGAUUUGGACCAUCAUCCUCCGCUUUGCCAUUCAGGACAUUUCCGUUGAAGAGACAUCUGCCAAGGAGGGCCUACUGCUAUGGUGCCAGCGCAAGACGGCGCCCUACAAGAACGUAAACAUUCAGAACUUUCACAUUAGCUGGAAAGACGGUUUGGGUUUCUGCGCCCUCAUUCAUCGGCACCGUCCGGAGCUCAUCGACUACGGGAAACUGCGCAAGGACGACCCCAUGACCAAUCUGAAUACAGCCUUCGACGUGGCCGAGAAGUACCUGGAUAUUCCCAAGAUGUUGGACGCAGAAGACAUUGUGGGCACUGCCCGUCCGGACGAGAAGGCCAUCAUGACCUACGUGUCUAGCUUCUACCACGCCUUCUCGGGCGCCCAGAAGGCGGAGACGGCAGCCAACAGGAUCUGCAAGGUGCUGGCUGUCAAUCAAGAGAAUGAGCAACUGAUGACGGACUAUGAGAAGCUGGCCAGUGAUCUGCUGGAGUGGAUCCGGCGCACUAUCCCGUGGCUGGAGAACCGUAUGCCCGAGAACACGAUGCAGGCCAUGCAACAGAAGCUAGAGGACUUUCGCGACUACCGCCGGCUGCACAAGCCGCCCAAAGUGCAGGAGAAGUGCCAGCUUGAGAUCAACUUCAACACGCUGCAGACCAAACUGAGGCUCAGCAACCGGCCAGCCUUCAUGCCCUCCGAGGGCCAGAUGGUGUCGGACAUCAACAAUGCAUGGAGCAACCUGGAGGGCGCCGAAAAGGGCUACGAGGAGUGGCUCCUCAACGAGAUCCGCCGCCUAGAGAGACUGGAUCACCUGGCCGAGAAGUUCCGCCAGAAAGCAGCCAUCCACGAAAGCUGGACAGAGGGGAAGGAGGAGAUGUUGCAACGUAAAGACUUUGAGACGGCGUCGCUGUCUGAGAUCAAGGCCCUGCUGAAGAAACAUGAGGCCUUUGAGAGCGACCUAGCCGCCCAUCAGGACCGUGUGGAGCAGAUUGCUGCCAUAGCGCAGGAGCUAAAUGAGUUGGAUUACUAUGACUCGCCAAGUGUAAACAGUCGCUGCCAGAAAAUUUGUGACCAAUGGGACACCCUUGGGAAUCUGACCAAACAACGCAAUGAAGCACUGCUGAGAACGGAGAAGCUUCUGGAAACCAUCGAUCAGUUGUACCUGGAGUUUGCAAAGAGAGCUGUUCCUUUCAACAACUGGAUGGAGGGCGCCAUGGAGGAUCUGCAGGACUCCUUCAUAGUCCACACCAUUGAGGAAAUCCAGGGACUCAGCACGGCUCACGAGCAGUUCAAGGCCACGCUGCCCGAGGCGGACAAAGAACGUCAGGCCAUCCUGGGCAUCCAUAAUGAGAUCGCCAAGAUCGUGCAGACGUACCACGUCAACGUGGCCGGCAUCAACCCAUACACCGCCAUCAACCCUCAAGAGAUCAAUGCUAAGUGGGACAAGGUCCGACAGCUAGUUCCUCAGCGUGACCGGGCCCUGAUGGAGGAAAACGGCCGGCAACAGAACAACGAGCGCCUGCGCCGGCAGUUCGCCAGCCAGGCCAAUGUCAUUGGGCCCUGGAUCCAGACCAAGAUGGAGGAGAUUGGCUACAUUUCAAUGGAGUUGCACGGCACGCUGGAAGACCAGUUGGCGCACCUUCGGCAGUACGAGAAGAGCAUCAUCAACUACGUUCCCAAGAUUGAGCAGUUGGAGGGAGACCACCAGUUCAUCCAAGCCGCGCUUAUUUUCGACAAUAAGCACACCAACUACACGAUGGAGCACAUCCGCGUGGGCUGGGAGCAGCUUCUGACCACCAUCGCUCGCACAAUCAACGAGAUAGAGAACCAGAUCCUGACGCGGGAUGCCAAAGGCAUCAGCCAGGAGCAGCUCAAUGAGUUCAGAGCCUCCUUCAACCAUUUUGACAGGGACCACUCUGGCACGCUGGGGGCCGAGGAGUUCAAGGCCUGCCUGAUCAGCCUGGGCUUCGAUAUCGCCAACGACGCACAGAAGAGAACGGGGGUGAUGGACGCCGACGACUUCAAGUCCUGCCUUAUCUCCGUCGGUUACAACCUGGGUGAGAGCGAGUUUGCACGCAUCAUGAGCAUCGUGGACCCCAACCGCAUGGGUGUGGUCACCUUUCAGGCCUUUAUCGACUUCAUGUCGCGAGAAACUGCCGACACUGACACGGCCGACCAGGUCAUGGCCUCUUUCAAGGUCCUGGCCGGAGACAAGAAUUACAUUUUGGAGGACGAGCUGCGGCGGGAGUUGCCCCCCGACCAGGCGGAGUACUGCAUAGCCCGCAUGGCCCCGUACACAGGCCCUGACGCUGUGCCCGGGGCUCUCGACUACAUGUCCUUCUCUACUGCCCUCUAUGGCGAGAGCGACCUUUGA